GAAGGCAUUGUCAAGGAGCCCAGAGUGUAGGAACUGGCAUUGACCCGGACGACCGGACCAUUGACCCGCCGCUGGAUAUGGCUUUCCUAGCCCGGUGCUUUGGGUGCCAGGCCUGCAGAUCGGUGGCCCUAUUGAGUGGCAGGUAUCUCCAGUCCAGAGUCUGGAUGGGGCUCCCGGACUCCUGGCCUCUCCUCUCCCUGCAGCAGGCUCGCGGCCGCGCGCGCGGAAACGAGUAUCAGCCGAGCAACAUCAAGCGCAAGCACAAGCACGGCUGGGUCCGUCGGCUGAGCACGCCUGCCGGCGUGCAGGUCAUCCUCCGUCGCAUGCUGAAGGGCCGCAAGUCCCUGAGCCACUGAGGAGCGCAACGUCGCAGGGAAUAGACUCAGACGCCGGUAGAGUUGCCCGAGGGCGAGAAGUUGGGGCAAGCUGAAAGUGGGGGUCUGUCCCUUCGUAGGUUUUUAGACGCAUCCCCCGUCGACGGCUGCUUACCAACCACCAGCACCUGCGAUACCUCAUCCAUUUCUGUGAAUAUAUUUGAAGGCAUCUUUGCAAGACGGGGUCAUUAAAACACAGACACCACCCCUACGUUUCCAGCCAUUCCAAAGUAUUACCGACUUAAUAAAUAUUCACGUUUCUUGAACCACUA